AUGACAAUGCCAGAAUACGACGAAUUACUACAGGCUGCUCUGUUUCGAUCUCAGCUAGAGUUCACCGGUGUUAAUGUGAUAGAGCGAUAUACAGUCUUAUUAAGAGAUGGUGAAACAACGGCUACCAUAUAUCCUAUACACCAAGUAGAAGAUAUGCCACCCGGAUUACUAUUAUUUCUUUGUGAUGAGUAUAAUAUGGAGAUAGAUAGAGGAGAUACGGUUGCAUUUUUUGAACUGUUAGAUGUUGAACAGUUUCAAACUUAUUGGUUCAGUCAUUUUGCUGGUGUAAUGGUAUUAGGAGAUCUGCCAACUUUACAAGGAGUAAGAGAAUGGGAAAAGGAAUGUUUAGGUACAUUUUUUAUAAAACCUAAUUAUCCUGGAAGGGCAUCUCAUAUAUGUGCUGGUGGGUUUUUAGUGAAUGCUGGUAUUAGAGGUAAGGGUAUUGGAAAAACUCUUGCUGAUUGUUAUUUACAAUGGGCUCCUCGUUUAGGUUACACUUAUUCAAUUUUCAAUUUAGUUUUUGAAACAAAUGUUGCUGCCAGACGAAUAUGGGAAUCAUUAAAUUUCAAAAGGAUUGGAAGAAUAAAGGCAGCAGGGAUUUUAAAAGGACAAGAUGCAGCAGUUGACGGGAUUAUUUAUGGACGAGAAUUGAUUUCCACUAGUGAUUCAUCAAUUGGUGGAUAUCGAUUUGAUAAGAUAAGGUAUUAUUUAGAAACAGGAAAAUAUCCUGCUAUGGCUGAUAGACUGGAAAAAUCACGUUUACGUUCUUCAGCUUCACACUAUAAAUUGAUAGAUGGGAAAUUAAUGUUAAGAGGUAAGGAAGUGGUGAGUGAUCCUUUAAGACAAUUACAAAUCUGCAAUGAAGUGCAUGCCACAAGUCAUGGAGGUAUAAAUAAAACCACAUCUGUAAUCACUGAAAAGUAUCAUUGGACAAGAAUUAAAGAUACAGUAGCUACUGCUAUUAAAAAUUGUCCUGAAUGUCGAGGAGAUGCUCCGAAGGAACAGCCUAUUGCAAAGAGACCGGUACCUAAGAAGAUUCCUAACAUCCCUUCAAAAGUAAUGAGAAGUAUAAGAGCAACUAAAAUGAUUCAUACCCAACCAAAUAAUCCUAAUGCAAGACAUCUCAUGGGAAGUAACACAGAACACCAAGAUGAAGUUGAAGCAUUGGUAACAGCAGAAAUCCAGCAGCGACUGGAUCAAAGAAAUGUUGAUGAUCUUUUAACUCAUGAUUUAGCAUUUAAUGAUAACAUCUAUGCAGCCGUGGUUCAAGUUCAACGAGAUCACGAACAUCAACAAGGGCCAUCAGUUCAACAACACCGUGAAGUUGACGUCCGAAGUCAACAUGGACAACAACUGCAACUGCAACUGCAACUGCAACAACAACCGCAACAACAACUGCAACGACAAUCACAACCACAACUGCAUCAUCAACAACAACAACAACUACAACUGCAACAACUGCAACAACUGCAACAACUGCAACAACUGCAACAACUGCAACAACUGCAACUGCAGCUUCUUCAUUCUUCCUCUGGGAACCAUAAUAAUCUGACCCAACCAUAUUCUAACGAGACAACUGACUCACAUGAAGCUAACCAAUUUCAUUCAUUUAAUUCCUUCAAUAAUGCAUAUACGCAUUCUAACUCCGGUCAGUCCAAGCCCAAUGGCACUUUAGUGGUUGGGACAGAUUAUCACACCAAUGAUGCCGAUGGAAGAGAGGAAAUUGAGAUUGCCAGAGCUUUGAUCCAAGCUAAUGAGGAUGUGAAUCACCACCAUCGAACAAAGGAUAACAGUCCAAGUAAUACCAAUUUAGAUCUUUAA